AUGGGUUUUUUUGUCGUAUGCAUACUUAGAGGAACGAAAACUAUUAUUCCAGAUAAGGUUGUAAAUGUGUUGCUUACUGAACAUACUCUCUUUAAUAACGUGUUUAAUGCAACAACAAACGAUCAAUUUGAAGAUUGUAUUGUUCGAGUAUUUUUGAGAAAGCCUCCAGAAAAAUGGGUUUAUGUAGAAGAAAGACUACAAGGCGAUGUAUCAAUGCUAUUUGAACUUAAUUUUACCCAUAUUAAAUUUGUUUUGGAUGUAGCAGAGACUAGCAUUCAAAAAUCUUCUCACCAAGGUCCAAAUGCAUUUGAUCUUCUUAUGAAAAACUCACAAAAUACUCAACUUCCUGAACUAAAAAAAGAGAAUACUCGUAGAGACUUACUUUAUAAUGAUAUUAUUUGUCUGCUUCAAAAUAAAGAAGUCAGAUGGAAAAAUGCAAUGCACAAUACUAUCGGAAAAAGUUUUAUUGAACAUUUAACUGCAGCUUUGUGGUAUAUAGAUCCACAUUGUAUAAAGUUUACAGCACGGUAUCUUUCACUUGGAGAAUUAUUUAAUGAAUUGGAUCAGUAUAAGAAGGACCAACAUUAUAAUCUUUUUUAUAAUACUGGAAAACAUGCUAAAUCUAAUCUUAAACAUGAUAAACUUGAGCAACUAGCUUCCUCAUUAGAACUAUCAGCAAUACAGCCAUGGGCAGCAAAUAAUAAUUGGGCAUUAAUUAUUAAUGAGGUUUUUAUCUUGAUAUCUUCGAUGCGAAAAUAUGCAAAUAACUUGGAGCAAAUUAACCAAGCUAUGAAAAAAAUACACUUAAGUGAUACACCAGCACGUCAACCGGCUAAUGAUCUAAAAGUAUAUACGAUUGAGUCUUGUCAAAAGAUUAAUAUACAAUACCAACAACUUCAAGAUUUUUUAUCUAAUGUUGAUGAUUAUAGUGAAACUAAUCUAGAAAGAUUUUUACCUGAAGACAUAGUACAAUGUUAUCAUUAUAUUAAGAACCUUCAAAUAAAAUUUCCAGUUACUUUAUAUCGUUAUUAUCAAG